ACGUCGGCCUGUUUUUAUGUCAAAGGUGCUGUGUCCACAUACCCACAACAACAAACAAGCAACGCAGGCAACGCAGCACACUCGCGCAGCAUCAGCCCCAACGCCUUCGCGCCGCACUCACGCAUUCACCCCGCUUUGAAGUACAAGUCCAAGAUGCUUCGCGGAUUCGCAUUGGAUGUGCCUGGCAAGCUCGAUGUGCCACAGUCUGUGCUGCUGCAGCUGCUGGCACGCGAGGGCGGCGAUGCAGUCACACUGAUGGCAGCGCCACCCUCCUCCGCCUCCUCCUCCGCCUCCUCCUCCGCAUCGUCGUCGUCGUCCACCGCAGCUCCCUCAACGUCUCGGAACCAGUCGACUGACGCCGGUAACGCCUGCACCAUGGCACAGACGCGUGCGCGUGUGGUCGACAGGACAGCAGAGGGCUACUUCCGGGUGGUGCUCGCAAAGGCAGAUGACGCAGAUCACGAGACAGCCCCAAUCCGCCUGCGCGUGCCCGUGCCGUUUGACGGCAUCUGGCGCGCCAUCAGAACGAUGCAAAAGGCAGCAACCCCAUCGGUAUUCUCUGCCCCUUCGUCCGCAUCAUCAUCAGCAGCCGCAACCACAACAGCAUCAGCGCGAGACGGGCGCCACAAGCAGACGCCCAAGCCUGGACAGCCACCAGAGGUGGACUUGAUCCCUGUUGUAUCAAGAGCGCGAUCCAAAAAGAAGCAGGCCCAGCAGGGCGGCGCGCCAGCGUCGACAGCAGCUGGUGACGGCGAUGUUGUGGUUGUUCAGGGGGACGAUGAAACAGAGCAGCCCAUAACGCUGUCGACAGCAGACAGCCCCACGUACUGGAUCAUCACGUUUCGGCUGCGUGUGGGCCCAGUGUGUGUUGACGCCGCGCGAGUGAUGUCUGGCAAGCGAGCGCUUGCUCUGCGAACGGAGGCCCUCAGCAAGGCCUACGCGCUGCUCCACAGCCUGCAUUACCACCGCUGCGAGCUGCCGGCGUUGGCGCCCGCCGCCAUCUGGCAGCGGUUCCUCAUCCGGCACACCCCAACGCUGACAGACGUGUACGCGGGGGUUGCCGUCGCCCACACACCGCAACAGCAGCUCCUCUUCCAGGGCGAAGCGCCCACGUUGCAGAUUGUGUCGACUCAGCACGACAAGGGUGUUGUGUCGACCAAUGCACGUGGUCCCGCAAGCUCAGCACCGUCAACUACCGCCACGACACAAAACCAUGCACAGUCGACAACAGCGCCAACACCAACACCAACAGGUGCAACACCAGCAACCGUGACCCUUGCCGACAUUCCCCAGGAGAUCCUGGCCCUGGUUGUCAAGCACCUUGACCCGGCCAGCCUGCGUCACCUGCGAUGCACGUGCAAGUUCAUGUACUUGCUGGCACGCGACACGACACCUGGCCUGACUCACCACCGGCUGUAUCCACACCAGCUGGAUGCGGUGGAGCGCAUGGUUCGCUUGGAGGCUGCGCGACAGCACGCAUUCAUGCCCUACCACAUUCCCAUCCAACUUCAGCAACGUGACAAUGACCCACGUGCAAUCGAUGACGAUGGAGGUAGGAGUAACAGUACUGGCAUGCACGCUGACAACACCGCCAAGAAGGACUGCGACAAUGACGACCACAAGGAUGGCCAAGGUACCAGCGUAUCGCGUGCUGCCUGCGCAUCAACGACACCAUCAACCCCAUCCGUUUGCAUGAGCCGCGUAGCAACACCACCGUCGUCAUCCUCGUCAUCGCCACAGACAUCGGCGCAUCCGCUCGAGCGCCGCCGCUCCCGUCGCUCGGGCAAGAAGCGCGUGGACCUGAGCAAGAAGGCGCUCACCAUCCACCAGCUGCAGAUGGUCAGCCAGCAGCGGCUGCUCAUGUCCGCAAUGUCGUCACCGGCACCAUCACAAUCGCCAUCGUCAAAGCCGUUGCUGUCGUCUGCGGCAACACCACGACGUGUUAGAAGCGAUGGCCUGAACCAUGCUGCUGGUGUCAGCACACAGCAACAGCCCGCUUACACCGCCUCACCUGCAGCUGCCGCACGCCAGGACAGCACCGACAGCAAUACCACGGUUUCCAGCAGCGAGCCUGGCAUCGGGCACGUGUAUAUGCACUGCGUGAGCGGGGAGCUGACGCAAGCUCCCGUGUCGAUGAUGCUGCCUCGUGGUGGCAUGCUGUGCGACGGGCCCGGCCUUGGCAAGACAGUCAGCGUGCUUGCGCUCCUCCUGCGCGCGGCCCCUUACACGCCGUGGGACGUGAAGGUGCAGCAGCUGGCACAGAACGCCAUGCCAAACCAACCGUCGCCCAAUGCAGACACCGAGCGGCAGCAGCAGCAGCAGCAGCAGCAGCAGCAACAACAACAACACCAGCACCCGCAGCCAUCACCACACAGCUCCAUGACGGAUGACGACGACGACGAUGGUGACGAUGGUGACGCUGGCAGCGCGGGAAUGGGCGGCGGCGGUGACGGUGAUGCUCGUGCUCACGAUCACAGGUCGUCGGGUGCGACGCCAGCGGCGGGUGGGAGAGGUAGUGCCGAGGACUUGGAGGACCGGCUGAUUGAGCUGCAGUUUCUUCGAGCACAGGAUCUGAUUCAAAGUGAUCCAGAAGUGCAGCUGUACGACACCACAGUGAGGGUGGCAAACGAGCUACGAGCAGAGAUUGCGAAACACUGGCCAGGCACGAUUGCAGAUACCACCACCAGUCUUGCUGCUGCUGCUGGUGGUGGUGGUGGUAGCGGUGUUAGUGGUGUUAGUGGUGGUGGUGACAAGGGCAACAAGAGUCUGCUGAACCAGCUGUAUGUGCUUGCAGACGGAACCGUGUCGCUGUUUGACGCGGCAGACGUGGAGCGGGCCCAGAGCAGGAGGCAGGCACUCGCCGGCCCCGCCAAUGGUGACGGUGGUGGUGGUGGUGACAACGGUGGAGCGCAAGGUGUGGUGGUAAUGAAUGGCGACAGCAUGGACCAGGCGGCUGAUGACGAUGAUGGCGAGCAGCAGCAAGAACAGCAACAAGGCGAACAGCAGCAAGAACAGCAACAAGGUGAACAGCAACAGCAGCAAGGUGCUGUGGAGGCAACUGUGGCGGCUGCAUGUGCUGAAUACCAGCUGGAAGCGCUGCGGGCUGGUGGGCAGGCGGCAAUUGGCCUUGACACGCUGCUGAGUGAUUUUGAAACUCCCGGCGGAAAGAAGCGAGCGGGCACGCUGCAAACGCUGCAAGACCUGCGGCUGCGGCUGGAGGGAUUGCUGUCUGUGGUGGCGCGGGCGCAGUUUGACGAGGAGAGCGCGGUGGCGAUGGAGGUGGCGGCUGAGGACGAACGGCGGCGGCGAGAGGAGCAGAAGAAGCAGCGGGAGCGAACACGGCGCAGGGGGGCCCGUGCAGGCGCGGGUUCGGGCAAGAAGCCGACAACGGCAAAGAGGAGAAGGAAGAGUGGCAAGAAGCAGAGAAGCAAGAAGAAGAAAGCGGGAGAAGGCAACCAGGUACCGGAUGUGAUUGCACUUCAUGACGACGACGAUGAUGAUGAUGACAACUACGAUGGGGUUGAUGAUGUUGAUGACAGCAGUGGCGAACUCAGAUCUAAGGACUUGGCGCCACCCACCCAGACUGUGCAAGGCCAACCGAUGCUGUCGUGGUUGCACAAGCAAACGCUGAAUGUUGCCAGGUCUUCACAGCAGCGGUCCACGGCAACAACAGCGGCGAGCACGACGGGUGUAGACGAUGUGAAUUCAUCAGAUGUUGUUGUCCUGUCGUCAUCUUCAUCUUCCUCUUCCUCCUCUUCAUCUUCCACUUCCUCUUCCUCAUUGUCAGCAUCGUCAAAGUCAACAACAUUGGAGCCCGCAGCCUCACCCGCGAGCUCCCUUCUUUCCGCCAAUUCUCAGCAGAGCAAUGACACAGCCACAGCCGCAUCGACGGCCGCAGCAACAGCACCAGCAACAGCACCAACAGCAGCAACAACAGCAACAACAGCAGCAACAGCACCAGCAGCAGCGCCACCAGUGCCAGUGACACGAGCCGCCAGUGUUACAGAGGAUGUGGAGGUGAUGCAGGCUAUUCGCACGCGUGUGCGCGGUGUGCACGCCCGCUUGGCGGCAAUUGCGGAGCACCUGCUGUCGUGCCUGUCGCAGGUGAUGGCGCGUGCGCUGCCGCCACUCACGCAGCAGGACCGAUAUUGGGUUGAGCGGCAGUACAUGCCACGGCUCAACGCGACGCUGGUGUUGGUGCCGGACGACUCGCUCGUGCGGCACUGGGAGCACCAGGUGGACAAGUUCUGCAGCCAGCGCGAGUACCUUGGGCGGGCGCUCUUCCUGACUGUUGGCGAAGGAGUCGACUUUCCUGCGGCCAUUGUGGAGGAGGAGCGAGAAGCGGUUGCCGUGAACGGGCUGGUGGUUGCGCCCGUGUCGAUGGUGCAGAGCAUCUUGAGCCACGACCACCCGCUGCACGGCAUGCUGUUCCGCCACCGCUGGCGCCGGCUGGUGCUGGACGAAGGGCACAUCAUGGGGCGCGGGCUCAACGUGCGCAACGCAGCGAUUGCAGCCAUCCAGGCAGACAUCAUCUGGUGCAUGACCGGCACACCGACGCCGCAGGUUGCGGUGCGCUCUGGGCUGAGCCACCUCGAGAAGAUGCUGCAGUUUCUGCGGUUCCCGUGUCUGGUGGACACGGAGGCGUGGCGGCGCGGGGUGAUGGUGCCCUUCAACAAGGAGCACUCUGUGGAGACGUGUGCCCGGCUGAUGCACCUGCUGUCGCACAUGAUGAUUUUGCACCAGAAGAAGGAACUGCGCCACCUGCCGCGGCCCGUUCGGCGCGUGGCGGUGCUUGAGGCGUCGCGCUUGGAGCGGGAUGCAUACAACGGGUACGUGGCCUCUGUCAAGACGAACCUCGUGCUGACGGGCAUGAAAGGGCGCACGAGUGGCGCCCAGGACUCGCUGCUGCGGGACACCAGCAGGGCAAAGGCUGUGUUGCAGCACAUGCGUCUGGUGUGUUGCGGCGGUCUCUUCUGCACCACGCGCAUCAAACCAGCGUACAUGGAGGAGAUGGACCAAAUGUUGGCCCAGCACGGCCUGGACGAAGAGCGUCGCCAACACGUGCGGAGCCGGUUCGUCAUGGGCCAGGCGACGCCGUGUGACUUGUGCGAGCGCAAGCUGCUCAUCCUGAUUGUUCUCCCAUGCAGCCACAUGUGUUGCGCAUCGUGCAUCACAUCAGAGACACGUGAAUGCCCCGUGUGCAAGCUGGAGUUUGAUGUUGACUUUGUUCAACGCUUGCAGCCAGGUGUUGGCUUGGAGGCGACAACGAGUUCACCCCGUGAAGCCAUGGCCGGCUUUGUUCCAACAUCGCUUCCACCACCGCCGGAGCACUUGAGUGAUGCAGAUCAGCGCAAGUUUCUGGAAGAAGAGGGCAAGCGGCAGUUUGAAUUGAAGAUGAACACCAAGGCCCAGCACGUACUCAAGCGUCUCAGGGAGUGGCAAGAUGAGCUGGAGCCCGAGAAUAAGCAGCUGAAAGUGAUUGUGUUCAGCCAAUUCCGCGAUACGCUCAACAUCAUUGGCGACGCCAUCAUUCGCACCUACGGCUCGCAAAGCGUUGCGGAGUACUGGUCGAGCUAUCGUGUGGGAGAGCUUGAGCGGUUCCGCACGCAAGCGGCGUGCAAAGUGCUGCUGCUGUCGACCGACGGCGCUGUCGGGCUCGACCUGCACUUUGUGACGCAUCUGGUGCUGAUGGACGAGAUCUUUGACCGCGCAAAGGAGGAGCAAGUCAUUGCCCGCGCAUGGCGCCUCGGCAACGACAGAUCUGUGGUGGUGGAACAGCUCAUCUUGCGCGGCACCGUGGAGGAGACGCUGCAUGAGCUGAACCACUCCCAGCGCCACACGUCAUCGCCAUCGUCAGCAACUGCAGCAACUGCAGCUGCAUCGUCGACGUCAUCGUCGUCAUCGUCGGCGCCUGAUCGGCCACAGAUUGCAGACAGUUUUGAUGUGGACGCGCCGCGCGUGGAGUUCUGGGAGGAAGAGGACAGCGCAAGGAGGCGCGCAGGUGGUGGCGGUGGCACGACACGACCAGGUGCACAGCCCACGGCAAAGGCGAAGACGAAGCUGCUGUUGCGGUCAGUCAAGUUCAUCUGAGCCCGCCAGCCAACGACGAUGGCUGAACACAUUAUUGCUCACACACAACACCGUAACGACGACACCAGCCAGCAGGAGCAGCACGAGCACAACCUGCACGCCCUGGUCGUGCCAUGAGCGAAGGAGUGAAGUGUGCAAUUGCACCGACAAUGGUGGUGGUGGCUGAUAGUGGCUUGUGGUGGUGGUGUUCCUUCGUGUUGGUGUGGGAGCUGUACUGUACGACCGUAACCGGCUCGCAAGUAAACAACAUAGUGCGCAAGCAUGGCGUGGCAAUCACUCCACACAUCAUAAACAAGCACGGCAGAA